AAAUCGGCGAUACAGAUAGGGAAGUAUAGAUUGAGUAACGCACGCGUCAUUAGUAGUAAAAAUGGCGUCCGCAGAUGUUGAGCGUGCCAAGAUGGAAUCUACCAUACGUAAUUUAAAAUUAUCUGGUCAUGUUGGAUUUGACAGUCUUCCAGAUCAAUUGGUGAAUAAAUCAGUUCAGAAUGGAUUUGUCUUUAAUAUUCUUUGUAUAGGUGAAACUGGUCUUGGAAAGUCUACCCUUAUGGAUUCUCUCUUUAAUACAAGUUUUGAAUCUACUCCAAGUUCACAUAAUCUUCCUGCUGUAAAACUCAAAGCCCAUACAUAUGAAUUGCAAGAAAGCAAUGUUAGAUUGAAACUUACUAUUGUUGAUACAGUUGGAUAUGGAGAUCAAAUUAACAAAGAAGAUAGUUUUAAAGCAGUUGUUGAUUAUAUAGAUGCUCAAUUUGAAGCAUAUUUACAAGAAGAAUUAAAGAUAAAACGAUCUUUGGCAACUUAUCACGAUAGUCGUAUUCAUGUUUGCUUAUAUUUCAUUUGUCCAACUGGACAUGGUUUAAAAUCAAUUGAUCUAGUCUGUAUGAAGAAACUUGACACAAAAGUUAAUAUUAUACCAAUUAUUGCUAAAGCUGAUACAAUAUCAAAAACAGAAUUACAAAAGUUUAAGACAAAAAUUAUAUCUGAAUUACAAAAUAAUGGUGUUCAUAUUUAUCAAUUUCCUACUGACGACGAAAGCGUCGCAGAAGUAAAUACUAGUAUGAAUGCUCAUGUACCUUUUGCAGUAGUUGGUAGCACAGAUUUUGUUCGAGUCGGAAAUAAAAUGAUGCGUUCUCGUCAAUAUCCAUGGGGCACAGUACAAGUGGAAAAUGAAUCCCAUUGUGAUUUCGUUAAGUUGCGCGAAAUGUUGAUAAGGACAAACAUGGAAGAUAUGAGAGAAAAGACGCAUUGUCGCCAUUAUGAAUUAUAUCGUAGAAAGCGAUUAGAACAGAUGGGUUUUAGUGAUGUUGAUAGUGAAAAUAAACCAGUUAGUUUUCAACAAACUUGCGAAGCAAAAAGAUCUAUACAUUUACAAGAACUUCAACAAAAAGAAGAUGAAAUGCGGCAGAUGUUCGUGGCCCGAGUAAAAGAAAAAGAAGCUGAAUUAAAAGAAGCGGAAAAAGAGCUUCAUAAUAAAUUCGAUAAACUAAAAAAAGAUCAUACAGAAGAAAAGAAAAAGCUGGAAGAAAGUAGAAAGAAACUCGAGGAUGAUAUUUUAGAAUUCAAUAGGCGAAAAACUCAAUUCGCUCAACAACCUCAGCAUCACACAUUAACACUAGGCUAGCGGGCCGAGACGGAUUCCGGCGGAGGACUGCGAUACUUGGCGCGAAUGGGAAGAAAGUUGGUGUGCUUGUUGCCGUGAGGAGAAGGCGGCGUGCUCGCGUUGAGAGUCCUCACCUGACAAGGGUCGUGCCUCGCCAAGAAAUGUUCCAAGGUGUCCCAACCCCCGCCUACUCUGACCAUCAUGUGUCUCCCCUUCAAAAGCUGCGAACAAGUCGGAUAUUUUUAUAUUAUACAUAACUAGGAACGCGCUUUCGAUUCCAACGAGUUAAAAAAUGCAAGAAGUUUCUUCCAGAUUCUUUUCUUUCGUUCAUUCGCAAUUUUUUAAACUUUAUUUAUUUAUUUAAACGAUACGAAUAUCGUACGUACCCUGAUGAAGACAUUUCGCCCAGCGAUAUGAUACCGUCCUUCGCCAACCUUUCGCACCUUCAGUUUGGAACAUCUCUCGGAGGGGCACUGGCAAAGUCUCUGCACGGCCUCUGUAGCUCUUCUUACCUAAAAACGAGCGAGCAUGCCAUAUCACGAUGUAAAAGUUGGCCACGGAAUCGAGGCGACGUAUUUUUACGUUCCGACAGACGAAGAGUGAUCGUCCGUCACCCUGAGAUAAAUCGGUUCGACGUGUCGCGGGGAAAGUCGAUGCAAAGACCUCUCGGAACAUCCGCUCCGUUGCAUGUAGGAAUCCGACACGCGAGGAUCCACGAGCGUACAAACGCAUACGUGAAAAAGCUUAAAGCGAUCGUUCGCCUCCAUUGUUUCUCUCCCUUUCUUCGUGGCCGGCAUUCAUGGUGAACGUGACACGAUGCAACUUGCUCGUGUGCAGUAAAUUGCACGCUCGUGGUCAAUGUUACAAUGUUACCUGUAUUUCUUACGUAAGAAAUGCAAUUAAUUUUUUCGAACGAUGUAGAGCACUAAUUUUAACACUUGAGAUAAAAUGCUUGGUAUUAUGUGUCAAUUAAACUACAGGCAAGGAAAAAAAUGGCGACCAUUAUUCGUUGGUUAAUAGAGGGUUUUGCACUUGUUGAUUAAUUUUUGAACGAAUGAUUCUUGAGCAAAGUUAAUUAUGAUGAAUGCGAUAUUUUGAAAUGAACAAUUUUUUAUAUAUUAUAAAAUAUAUAAUAAAAAGGAAAAUGCAAUA